CGUAAACUCCUAUCUAGCUAUACCUCAAAAGCAAUGCAGAAACAAGGGGUUAGAGAAGAAGGAAAAAGUAGUGACAAAAAGGAGGAGAAAAAUGAGAGGGAAGGAAGUGAAGGGAAGGAGGAGAAUAACCAAGCUCCCUUAAUGGCACUGAAUCAUGUUUCAAGGCUGUGUAGAAAUGUGAAGGAGUCAAUAGAGUUUUACACAAAGGUGUUAGGGUUUGUUUUGAUUGAGAGGCCUCAAGUUUUGGAUUUUGAAGGUGCUUGGUUGUUCAACUAUGGUGUUGGUAUUCACUUGGUCCAAUCCAAAGAGGAAGAGAGGUUGCCUCAGGAUACUCAACACUUGGAUCCACAAGACAAUCAUAUAUCAUUUCAGUGCGAAGAUGUAGAAGCAAUGGAGAAAAAAUUGAAGGAGAUGAAUGUGAGGUACAAGAAAAGAACUCUUGAAGCAGAAGAUGGUACAACAAUGGAUCAACUAUUUUUCAACGACCCAGAUGGAUUCAUGGUGGAAAUAUGCAAUUGUGAGAAUCUGAAACUCAUUCCUGCUGGUUCACAAGGCAAUAUAAAGCUUCCAACAGAUCGUCACACACCACCUAUGGAGACUAAUCAAAAUGAGGAUGAUAAUGCAAAUUAAGUUUUUGUUUUGAUGUCCUUGUAUAAGGAACACCUAUAGGAAUUUCAUAAGGUUGCUUUUAUUAGUAUGUUGUGUUAGUUGUAGUUUAGAAAUCUCUCUUUAAAAACUUUACCAAAAAUGUAUUUUGAAAUGUUAAUUGUUAAACACGUAGGAAGGAUAUUGUGACAACCCUGUCAAAUAAAAAGUUGCACAUUUGCUGACAA